UCUAUUCUUACAAAACUUGCUGACAGGCUCAGCUGAUAUUGUCAUGCUCGGAAAUCCCUAAUUCUCACUGUCUAGAUAUCGCCUGCAAAUCAUACGUCGCUCAGGGAGGAGCACGACCACCAUUCCCACAAAGGGUACACCCCCCGGCCCCCCGGUUUCUCAAGACCGCUGUUUCGCGGCAACUUCUCAAAGUGUCGUACAUAUUUGGACGCAGUCCGCUGUGGCGGACUGGUUUAUAUAAAUCAUGCGUCUCACCGGUAUUCAGAGCUCGGCAGUUUACUGUCAGUUGCCUCAUGUCCAGCCCGUCCACUGAGCCAGAGAAAUCGGGCAACGGCGGGUCCAAACAUCGGCUUUCAGGACGCAUACAUAUCGUGGGUAGUGACAAUGGCGCUUUAUUUAUUGCUCACUCAUUAGCAAGUCGACGGUCUGUACCGCCUAUCACCCUGCUGCUGAACGAUUUUGACUCCUACCAAAACUGGAUGGAUGCGAAACAGAGCAUAAGCUUGCAAGCGAAUGGAUUGGAGGACAUCAAAACCGGCUUCGAUGUGAACGUCCGGCGGGGCAAGGAUACCUGGUAUUCGGUUCCACCGGAGACUGAGCAGGUCGAGGACCGAAACGAUGACACGCUCGAAUCUGACGGCGACUUUAUUGGCGCGGCGGAACCUGAGGCUCGCGGAACCGUGCAAUUCCAAGAGGAUGAUUCGAAAAUCGAGUGUGUAAUCAUCCCUGUCAGAUCGAACUGGACUGUCCUGGCCGUGGAGUCGAUCAAGCAUCGCUUGACGCCCGAUUCGACGAUCCUGAUCCUCUCAGACGGCCUAGGCACGAUGGAAGAAAUUAACAGACACUGCUAUCCGGACCCCGAGACACGCCCGCACUUCAUGCAAGGAGUAUUCACCCAUUACAUUCGUCGGAGAAAGCGCGGGUUUCAAUUCUAUCAUGCUCAGCUGGGCACACUUGUAUUAGGGGUUCCCCCGCAAGACGGUAGACUGUCUCCAGCUGAGGCCGACAAGAUCUAUUGGACGCAAAGCUGGGCCGAUUCCACCAGGUACCUCAUGCGCAUGCUGACCACCACCGCGCCACUCGUCGCUACUGCAGCAGCCCCGACCGAUCUCUUGCUGACUCAGCUGGAGCAAAUCGCGAUCCAAUCCGUUCUCCAGCCGCUGACCGCGCUCAUGGGAUUUACAAACGGUGCUACUCUUUACAAUUACCACUUCACCCGUGUGAUGCGCCUCCUCCUACUCGAAACCUGUAGCAUAAUCGCCGCUCUGCCCGAGGUUCGGGCAAUUCCUGGCAUGGAUGUCCGCUUUGGCCCGGAGCGCAUACGCCGCAUGAUCACCCAAGUUGCCGAAAGGACUGCCGGCCAGGAGAGUAAUAUGCUGCGUGAUAUCAAUGCGAACCGGAUAACUGAAAUUCAGUUCUUGAACGGCUACAUCGUGCGCAGAGGCGAGGAGCUCGGCGUCAAACCAGUGAUGAACUACUUGAUUCAAGCCUUGAUACAAGGAAAGACAUAUGAGGCCCGACAAAAGGAAAUCUCUGCAAUCCCCAUUGAUGUCCCCGCGGAUGGGCAAAAACAGGAUUCUCGAAGCGCUCGAACAUCCGAAUUAGACCGCAGGAUGCUUCCACCUUUUGAUCGUUCUACUAAAUAACCUCCUCUCAACCAUGUGUAUAGUCCUAGCAGGAAACCGUAUCUAGGGCUUGAAAGCAGAGCUGUUCAAUCUGUCUCCACCGGUUCAGGAGCGUUCGUACCUUUUCUGGACGGAACUGGUCGCUCUCACCGGGCAGAACACUCUCCAGAUAUCGAAUCGCCGUAUUUGCCUCUUCGAUAUAUGCGCCAAUCCAGCUUCGAACUACCUCUGCGGAUCUCCUUUCAUCCACACUCUGACUUGAGUAACCGAGAACAUGAUCUUGCCAGGCCUUGGGCCUCAUAUAUGUGAUCGCAGCGGCGACUUCGGUCCGGUAGCAAACACCACCGGCUG